UGGUGGAGGAUCACGGUGCUCGGCUAUACUUGUCAGCAAAUGUGUAAGCUUAUAAGCUUCCCAUCAAAGUUCUGACUGGCGACUCCACCCAUACAACGACGACCUUUAGGGUACUGGGAAUCUCGGGGAACCUGGUCCCACAUGCUUGACACCUACUACUCGUAUCGGCGAAGGCAACAUCAUACUGCUGCUUGCAUCUUACAAUUACAAAUCAACAAUGUGAGUAGGUGACGUGCAAGCUCCAAUUGGAAAGGCGGGGCACGAUUUUUGGCCCCGCCACAGGGUCUCUUCGAGGACUAAGAUCUGUAAUCGGUACGUGUGAGAAGAGUGGGAGCAAGUAUAAAGCCUCAAUCGGCAGCCCACCCUUUGAAUUCGACAUCACUUGAAGAUUUUGUUUUCGAGACUCAGCCUCACUUUCUUCCACCAACCUCAACACUAUCGCAAAUAUGGGUGUCGAAGCCAACACGGACAAGCCGCACUCUCAUCAUGCCAUUCCCAAGGACAUCCCAGAGGAUGACAGCCUAAGAAACAAAGCCGCACCUGGUAUCUCAUACUUCACUCCCCAACAAUCCCCACCAGCCGGAACUGCACUUGGUAUGCUGGAUGGCAGCUCUAAGAUCCCAAAGCUCUUCACCCCACUCAAGCUUCGUGGUCUUGAACUCCAGAACCGCAUAGCGCUCUCACCGUUAUGCCAGUACUCUGCCCAGGACGGCCAUCAAACAGACUGGCACAUUGCGCAUCUGGGUGGCAUUAUUCAACGUGGUCCCGGUCUUACGUUCAUUGAAGCGACUGCCGUUCAGGCAGAGGGUCGCAUCACCCCAGAGGAUAGCGGACUCUGGAAGGACUCGCAGAUGGAGCCACUCCGCAAGAUUGUCGAGUUUGCGCACUCGCAGAACCAAAAGAUUGGCAUUCAGCUCGCACAUGCUGGUCGCAAGGCCAGCACUGUUGCGCCAUGGUUGAGCAAGGGCGACAUUGCUACCAAGGAGAUGAACGGCUGGCCCGACAAUGUGUACGCCCCUUCGGCGAUUGCGUUCAACGACCACCACUGCACGCCAAAGGAGAUGACGAAAGAGGACAUUGAGAACUUCAAGACUGCAUUCAAGCAGGCUAUUGAGCGCUCUCUGAAGAUCGGCUUCGACACAAUCGAGAUCCACAACGCCCAUGGAUACCUUCUCCAUUCUUUCCUCUCGCCCGCAUCCAACCACCGUACCGACGAGUACGGCGGCUCUUUCGAGAACCGCAUCCGUCUCACACUGGAAGUCGUCGACCUCGCCCGGAAAACGAUUCCAGACGACAUGCCUCUCGUCCUCCGCAUCAGCGCCACCGACUGGCUCGAGGAAGCGGGUAUCGAAGGUUGGACCCUUGACCAGACCGUCAAGCUCGCUGAGAUCCUCGCAGACCGUGGCGUCGACCUCCUCGACGUCUCGUCCGGCGGUCUCCACGAAAAGCAGCACAUCCAUGGAGGACCCGGGUACCAAGUACCCUUCUCCAAAGCCGUCAAGGAUAAGGUAGGUGAUAAGUUGCACGUCGGUACUGUCGGUUCGAUCACCGAAGGCAAGCAGGCCAACGGCUACCUCGAGGACGACAACCUAGACGUUGCCUUCAUUGGCCGCAUGUUUCAGAAGAACCCCGGGCUCGUGUGGACGUUCGCGGAUGAUCUCGGUGUUGAGGGGCGCUGGGCAAACCAGAUCCGAUGGGGCUUUGGAGGCCGCGGCAAGAAGUAAGUUGUUUACUUGUUGCUUCAUGCCUCUCCUGCCCAUGCCUCGUCGAUGAAUUCCUGAUUGAGCAAUGGGGGAAGUGCGGGAGUUGGGGUUGUUUCGACUAGAUUAAACGCGUCGUAGACUAUGAAUGCAUAUAGAUUCUAAUAUCAACUCAGGGAUCAAGUAAUUAAGAAAGACGC